UCAAAGUAGCUGUCGAUGAAUUUGAUUAUCGUUUACCUGAUUUAUUUUGACACCGCUACUGCCAUUCUUUUCCCAUCCUUAUGCUCCCUAACUGCACAAAAAAAAACAAAAAAACAAGAGUGACGUUGUGGAAUUAUGUAAUAAUUCAUUUGAAGUCAUGAUUACUCCCAUAGCGUUGACUUUUUAUUUCAUCUUAAUUUAAUUUAUUGUCAUUGACUUUGGUGUUUAUUGCCAGUUUAUAUUAAAAUUGGAAUGCCCGUCCGUCUUUUGUGGUCCCGUCCAAUCAAACCCAUUUGCAAAAAGUGUCACUAUGAAAACAGACCCCAGAACAGCGCGCCACUCUAAAAUAUUUCGUCUCGCUGCCGCCAAACUGAUCCGGGAGCACGCCAUGUAAUCUGAUUAGUGCACAGGCAGGAUUACCCCCCCCCCCCCUCCCCAGAAGCAGAUGGAGCCUUGAGGUGAUCACCAAGUUUGCUUUGAGCCAAUGAGAGCAGGAUGAAGAUGGAUUAAAACGCAGACGUCUCGGAAUUGUUCAGCAAGCUUGCUGGUGUGAUGUCGCCCAUGGUGGACGAGACUGCGGGGGAUCUCCCAGUACGGGACGUUGGUCUGUUGAGGGGGGGCCUCAUGGCCUCAAUGCCAGAUGCCGUAUGUGAUUCAGUGAAGCCAUGGAAGAAGCAUCACAUCAUGAUUACAAAAGAUCCGCAGCGGCUAUUUCGUCUCCCCAGAGAGCAACUGGAGGAUCUUUGCCUUAACAUGCAAGAAGAAAACGUUGUGCUGAGAAAGCACACACGAGCGCAGGAGCAGAAGAUGCGCAGGAUGUCCACCAGACUGAUGCGUCUCCGUCAGGCGGGGCCGGGCUCCGGCGGCGCCAGGGAGAAGGACAUGGAGGACACGCUGCAGGGGUUGGAAAGUCGCGUGGACACGCUGGAGAGCCAGAAAGUGAUAUUGCAAAAUAAACUCAGUUUGGCCAAGCAGCACAUUCUGGACUUGCGGGGUUGCACGCCUUACAGGUUCAGCAAAGCUACAAAAUGUACAGAUGUGGAUGGCGGAGUCGGAAGGGCGGAUCGCACAGCCCCGCCCCGAUAUUGUCCCCCGAUGGAAGACACCAGAGGAGACAUGGACAAAUUCAGUGUGAGCGAGCAGAUGAAGAUGAUGGAGCUCGAGGUGACCGCCCGGACCCUUCGCGACACGCUCCGAGUUAAAGAGAAAGAGAUGGAGGGAACCGUGAGGGAAAUGAAGAGGCAACAGGCGGAAAAGCACAGGAUCAACAUCAGAGAGAACGUUGACGUCAUCUGUCUGCAAAAGGAGCUUUCUGAGAAGAGCGCCACCCUGAGGGUCACGCAGGAGAAGAUCGCUGAUCUGCAACAGGCCUAUGAGAAGCAACUGGAGGAGAGUCAGAAGUCCCUCCGUGAAAGUCAGACUCUUCUUCUGGAGAAAGUGGAAGAACUGAGUGAGGAGCUGAAGCAGGAGCGUCACAGAGCGCUGAGACUGGAGGCUGAGCUGACGACCGCCAGCCUGUCUCUUCAGAACCUGGACAAGCUUCAAGAGCAUCUUGCAGACCUAGAAGGAGAGAAGGAUCGGAUAAAAGAAAACUACGACUCCCUACUGGAGAGAACUUUAUCGACCUACGACAGCCACGUGGACACACGCAUGGAGGUAAACGUGCAGACCGAAGAACCGGAGGAGCACGUCGGCAGGAUGGACAUCCAGAUCCUGGUGGCAACGCUGCAAACUGAGAAGGAGGAGAAAGGCAGAUUGCAGUCAGAGGUGGGGAAGCUCAAUCAAGAGAAGGAGAUGCUGGAGAGCCAACGUGACGCCAAAGUAAAACAUCUGGAGGAGAAGAUUCUUCAGUACAAGGAGGAGAUAUCCCGCCUGCGGAGCAGACUGGACUCGGUCACCAAGGAGUUCGACAUGAGCGUUGAGGACCUCAGCGAAACGCUUUUACAAAUCAAGGCCUUCAGGAUGCAGCAGGAGAGCAGGGAGGGUUUACGUUUCCUGCGGCCCGACAACGGGAAGGAGGAACCCCAGCCGCCCGACGUCCAAGCGUCGCACGCCGACACCGUGCUGGAGUUGCAGAAAGCCAGGAGCCUCCUUCUGCUGGAGCACCGCAUCAGUAAAGACCUUCAGGAGGAGCUUCACACGGUCAAGGAAAUGCUGGAGAUGGAGAGGAGCCAGCUGAGGACGGCCAUGGCAGAGAAAGACAAAGUUUUAUCCAAACGAGCUCUUCAGAUCAAGACAUUACAAGGCCAGUUGAAAGCCCUUGCGUACGCUGCCAAGAGUCAAAAAGGGACCGUGCCGCUGCAGUACACGUUGCCCGCCGGAGACCAGGAAGUAGUCCAGACCGUCCAGGAGGACAUUCCCUGUGCUCCUUUGAGGCUCGGAGAGUCCUUAUUGGAACUCCACCUUAAGGCGGCCACCUUCACUCCAGAAGGUCUUCGGCACAUGGGCGACCUUCAAGCGGACACGGUGACCUUCUGCACCUACGGCCUUUUGGACUUUGAAGUUCACUCCACGCCGUUGGUAGCGGGCGGCCAGCCCACUUACGGCUUCACCUCCCAGUACGCUUUGACGCCCCGAGAUCUGCUAAAGCUGCGGAGCCAGGGCGCCAGGGUCCGAGUGGAGCUCCACCAGGCCAUAGGAGGUGUCCGCUUUGUCACGCACGGGAGUGGACACUUGUCCCUCCUGGGGGCCAUGCAGAGGAGAGGGGAGCGCGACAAUGGCCGUGUCAACAUCACAGGCUCUGAGGGGGAAGUCGUCGGUGUUGUGGAUUUCUGGGCCCGUUUGUUCCCGCCCGCGGAGCCCACGGAGGACGUGUCGCUGAAAGACGGUGCCGGGAUCACAGCGACGCAGACGAUACCAACUCACACCACCUUGGGCUGGCGAGAAGACGGCCACGCAGACUUGUACGACUACGGCGGCGGGAUCCCUAACGAGCUGCUGCUGCUGCUGGACCGUUGCGAGGGUCUCAGCGGGCGAUGGCCCGGACUAGUUCCAGACGCAUACCUGACCUACAGGCUAUACGACCUGCCGCCUCACGUGUCCAAAACGAUCGCGGCCACCGCAGACCCGGUAUUCCGCGACAGCGCUAGCUACCCGCUAGCAGUCACAACAGAUGUGCUGCGCUACCUGCGGUCGAACAGUCUUUGGGUGUAUGUGUUUGAUGAUAGCGAUGAGCAGAUUCCACCGGCCUACUUGGCGAAAACACCCAUCCCGCUGAGAGCGCUGGCGACGGGCAAGGAGAUCACAGGCGACUAUGUGCUACGUGAUCCCGCCGGCGGUCCGCGGGGUACGGUCCGGGUUCUAAUGAAAUGGAAAUAUCCCUUUCAACCCCCGGGGGAUGCCAUCGGAGGCAGCGAGCGGUGGCGGGAAGAAGCGCAAGGGUCACAGCGGCCCAUAGCCAAGCCCAGAGUCAAGACGCAGCAAUUUGGGCCAGCAGAGCCCAAAACAAGACAGAGGAGGACAAAAGCUUGUCCCGCGCCCGAGGACGUAAAACCAGUCGGAACCAAGCGACCGGACGAGAGGUCACCCGUCCUACGCGACAUUGCGCUGACCGCGUCUCCCGAUUCACCGCCGACAAUAUGUCCAGAAACAUCUUCCAGAGAGUCGCCGCUAAGAAAAAGCUCUGGUACUCUGAAUAUUCCCUCUGUGGAUGUGGUGUCAGUGGAUGAAGUGGAGGAGCUGGAGGAAGAGAAAAAUGAGGAGAGGAGCGAGAGUGCCGCUGAAGAACUGUCAGAAUCUUCGCAUACCUCAACCAGCGACCUUCUGAUCGUGCCAUCCAAACCAAAGAAAAGACGGGGUAACAAACUGAGAGUGGAGAUCCUGUCCUUGACCUUUGAACCCUCUUCGCACGUGGCGCUGGACGAUUCGGUGCAGCGCGUCUACGUGGAAUACCGGCUGCUGGGCGUCCCCAUGGAGACCACCGAGACGCCCGUGUCCCUCCGCAAGCCCAGGGCGGGGGAGGAGAUUCACUAUAACUUCACUCGAGUCAUCUACGUGGACGGUUCCAUGUCUGCUCCACUCAGACGGUCUCUGUACACCAUGUUGGAGGGCAACGACCCAAAGAAGCGCCGGUUAAAGUUCACAGUCGUCAGCGAGCCGAUGGACGAGGAGGAGGAAUGCGUGGAUGUCGGUUACGCUUUUUUGGAUCUGCAGGAGCUGCUGCUGACGGGGAGUGACGUCAUCGAACGGCAAAUUGACAUUGUGCGCGUGGAUGAAGAGCAGGAGGUGAUUGGAUUCUUAAAAGUGUCACUGGAGGCCGCCAAAGCCCUGAGCGGUAUUUAUGAAGAGUUUCACCAGCCAGAAGAUACUGAGGAAGUCAGCGAGCUUGAAGAAGAGCAGAAGGAGAAAAAUAACAUUAAAGUGAUAGAAGAAGAUGACAGUGACUUCUAAAAAACAACAUUUCAGAUUAUUUUUAAACCCUGUGUGUGCCAUUUUUAUUCUUGGUGGUUAGUGUACAUGAGACUGAACUCUAUGGUCACUUCACUGUUAAUGUUGACGCUUUAAUCCCAAUUGUUAGAGUUUCCAGAGCUAAGGAGAAUAAAAAACUGACUUGUUUUC